UGACAGACUGCCUCCUUCGGGCUUGGCUUGAAGAGCAGGGAGGCAAAGAGACGGGGAAGCGGGGGCAGGUUAAUGGGAGUUGCGCGCCCUCGGCGAGCUAGGGCGGAGUGACUGCAGCCAGGCACAAGUAGAAGUAGCUGGCGAUGAUGGCAGCGGCAGCGGUGGCCGUCCGGCGAGGCCCCCCCGUCUAUUCGCAGAAAAAUCUCACAUCAAAGAAGAAAGAUGACUUUGAAGAUAUCUUGGAGGAGAGGCGGCAGUCCAGUGAUGUCAGAUAUGCAAUGAAAUGCUACACUCCUGUUGUUUAUAAAGAACUUUCUCCCUGCAAGCCAAGUGCCAUUAAAACUAUAGUCCUACAAUCUGAGCAUGUUCAGUAUGUCAUCAAACAGCUAUCAAAAGAGACAGGAGAAUCACCUGAUGUCAUACAAGAAGAAGCAGUAGAAAUUCUGGAUGAGAUGGGACAUGGCAUGCAUAUGGGAGCUAUAAGGUUUUUUGCUUUCACACUGAGCAAAAUAUUUAAAUGUCUUUUGAGAAGCAUCUUUGUGAAUGAAGAUGGUAUGCAGAAAUUACAACAGGCAAUACAGGAAUAUCCAGUUGUCCUGCUACCCAGUCAUCGAAGCUACAUGGAUUUUCUCUUGUUAUCUUAUGUGCUAUACACCUAUGACUUGGCUUUGCCUGUCAUUGCUGCAGGAAUCGAUUUCCUUGGAAUGAAAAUUGUUGGUGAACUGUUACGAAAAUCAGGUGCCUUUUUUAUGCGACGUACUUUUGGUGGAAACAAACUCUACUGGGCAGUGUUUGCUGAAUAUGUAAAAACUAUGCUAAAGGGUGGGUAUGCUCCUGUUGAGUUUUAUCUUGAAGGGACAAGAAGUCGCACUGCAAAGACUUUGACUCCAAAAUUUGGUCUCCUCAAUAUUGUGAUGGAUCCCUUCUUUAAAAGGGAGUUGUUUGACAUUUACCUUGUACCAAUCAGUAUCAGUUAUGAAAGGGUACUGGAAGAAUCACUUUAUGCACAUGAACUUCUGGGAGUCCCUAAACCAAAAGAAUCUACAUCGGGACUCUUGAAAGCCAGGAAAAUUUUGAGUGAAGAUUUUGGAAGUGUACAUGUGUUCUUUGGACAACCUGUAUCACUCAGAACCUUGGCAGCUGGGAGAAUCAAUAUAUGUCCAUUCAACCUGGUUCCAAGACACAUUCCCCAAAAGCCAUCUGAGGAAAUCCAAGAAUUUGUCAGCGAGGUAGCUUACAAAAUGGAGCUCCUCCAAAUAGAAAACAUGGUGCUGAGUCCAUGGAUAUUGAUUGCUGCUAUCCUGCUCCAGAAUUUACCAGCCAUUGAUUUUGAACUUCUGGUGGAAAAGACACUUUGGCUGAAAGGUUUAACUCAGACAUUUGGAGGAUUCCUUGACUGGCCUGAUAAUCUCUGUGCCAACAAAGCAGUAAGAUCUGCCCUUGCUCUACACUCUAAUAUUACCAGCUUUGUCAAUGGACAAGUGGUUCUCUGUGUCAAAGAAAUAGGACCUACUGCUUCAGAGGAGAUAGUCUUUAAACAAGCCCUUUCUAUACUCCUGUGUGGGUCAUACAGGAACCAACUGCUUAAUCUCUUUGUGCGACCAGCCCUAGUAGCCCUUGCAGUGGAAAGGACACAUUCUUCCAGAAAAGAUGAAGUCUAUGGCAAUUUUACUUUCUGGCUUGAUGUUUUUUCUGAUGAGUUUAUCAUCUUACCUGGAAUUCCCCUGAAGGAUUUUGAAGAAGGUUGUUACUUGCUUACAAAAUGUGAUGCAGUUCAACUCACUCCCCAGCAAAUCUUUGUUACAGAGAAAGGAAGCACUGUCAUCUCUUUCUUAAUAGCAAUGUUCAGGCCUUUUGUGGAAGGUUACCAGAUAAUCUGCAAAUACCUUUCCAAAGAAGCAAAUGAGGUCUUUACUGAGAAACAGUUUAUAUUUGGAGUACGAAGCUUUGCUUCUCAGCUUCUUGAAACAGGAAGUACACAGUGUUAUGAGGUCCUGUCUUCAGAUAUGCAGAAAAAUGCUUUGGCAGCUCUUGUGCGACUAGGCGUUGUGGCAAGAAUGAAAAUGGCUGAUGGAUUCACUUACAGUGUAAGUAAAGAGGCUCUGAGUAAUACUGCAGGAAUGUUUGAAACGAGGAUACAUGUACGGAAACCCUUGGCUGCAAGACUUUAAGCCAAAGCGGCUUGCCUUAUGCACACUGCAACUGUGGAGAACAGUUAGAAGGCAGAUGAUGGAAAGAAUGUGACUGCGGAUACAGAACGCACUUGAAAUGUUACUUCUGCACAAUGGUGGAGAAAGAGCUGGAGCUGGAGCCAGAAUGUUUUCAUCUUCAGUUGACCUUUAUCAGCAUUGAUUCUUUAGCAUUAUUUCUACACUUACAUUCUCUUUAAGAAAUAUCACUCAUCUCCUUCCUUCACCUGCAUUUAAUAUUUGGCAAAAUUACACAGUAACAUUGAAAUGUUUAUCAUAAGGAAAUGGUUACUUUUAUACUGUUAUUUUGUUGUGAAAAAAUAACUGAGAAACUAAGGGUGUAACAUUAAAGGUAUAUUUAAUUGAAUACAUUGAUUGCCAUUGUAUUUAUGAAGAGAUUAUUUAUUCUCUUUCUGUCAUGGAAGUGAUUCCCAAAAUUUGUCAAUGCUGUAACUGAUUUUUUUAAACUGUAUAUGUAACACUUUAAAUAUUAAAAUAACAAAAGAA